AUGACACUCCCCAAAUUCGGCAAAGCAUUUCGUUCCGAAUUCUCAUUUCAACCCAACUAUGUACCUUUAAACCACGGCUCCUAUGGCACCUAUCCCAAGGCCCUCAAGCCCAUUCUUCGAGGCUACCAAGAAGCAGCUGAAGAACAUCCGGACCGGUGGUUACGUUAUGAACAGCACCUUGUUCUGGAGAAGAAUCUCCAAUUGGUGGGCCAAAUGAUCAACGCUGAUCCCAAAGAUCUGUCCUUUGUACCAAAUGCAUCUCAAGCAGCGAAUAACGUGUUGCGAAGUUUCCCGUUUAAGGCAGGAGACAAGGUUCUCUAUUAUCAAACAGGCUACAUUAAUGUCAACAAGACGUUGGAAUUUGUUCAGGAUCACUAUGGUGUGGAGCUGGUUCGAGUUGAUUUGCAAUUUCCUAUGGAAGAUGAUGAGAUUGUAGACCUCACGCGUCAAGCCAUUCAGCACGAGCAAGCCAAGGCAGAUGAACCCAAGAUUGUCAUGGCUGUCAUUGAUGCACUGUCAUCCUUGCCAGCCGUGCGCUUGCCCUUUGAGAGAUUGACGAAACUGGUCCAAGCGAAUGGUAUUUUGGCUUUGGUGGAUGGUGCUCAUACGAUGGGUCAUAUUGAGUUGGACAUGCAAGCCGUGGAUCCAGACUUUUUCUUUGCCAACUGUCAUAAAUGGUUCUUCACGCCUCGCGGUUGCUGUAUUCUCUAUGUCCCCAAGCGUAAUCAAGGCUACGUUCAUCCCACGACCAUCACGGAGAGUUACAAGUAUCAUACCGAGUGCAGCGAUCACUCUUCGUUCGCACUGGAACAAAUACCUCCUACGCUGGAUACUUCUCCUUACAUGUGUGUUGAAGCUGCCAUCAAGUACCGCGAAUCUUUGGGUGGCGAAAAGGUGAUUAACGAUUACUGCCAUGAUCUUGCUGUCAAAGGUGGUGCACUGGUUGCUGAUAUACUCGGUACCUGCGUCUUGGAAAACGCCGCCAAGACAGUAACCACCAACAUGGUCAAUGUCCAACUGCCCAUCCGAUCCACUAUCACCAAAUCCGACUCUGACAUUGUCAAUACCUACCUGCAAAAGCUGAUCUACGAGUACAACACCAUGGCCUCUCCCUACAAGCAUAAUGGUACAUGGUGGGUUAGACUCUGUGCACAAAUCUAUCUCGAUCUCGACGAUUUUGAAAUUGCAGGAAAAGCACUUUUAGCUAUCACGAAUGAAAUGAAUAAAGACUAA